UUCGAUUCGCAAACAUCUUGGGAAAGAUUUUAAAAACAAAAUUAUAUUUUUUUGAAGGAUAGAAAAGAAAAGAAAAUUUAAAAAUAAAAAAAUUAUUUCAAGUGGAAGUAGGAAGAGCGAAAGUGAAGAAUAUAAAGACUUUUCACGAUGAAUUUAAUGUUUCGAAAAAACUUCCGUGAAGGCGGAACUAGUUCUGGAACGGUUAAAUCGUCAAAAAUGACUAAGAUUAAUCGGGGCGGUAAACGAUCAAGGGAUAUGAGUCUAAGUUGUUCGCAAACUGACGACUCAUUUAAUACUCAAUAUAGAACACACCUGUUCUUCAAUGCACGUGGUGGAGCCAAUGCACUAGAUGACUCAGAGCUUCGAUGUUCAGCCAUAUCAUCUCCAAUCAAUCCGAGUGUUGACACAAGUAUGAUUCCAAAUAACGAUUACACAGCGAACGAAUUUUUGGAUGCACACAGUACAUAUCAGCCCUUAAUUCAAAGAUUUUCCAUGGGUAAUAUUUAUCCUUCAAGUAAAAGCAGUGUGGAAAGUGGUAGAUGUAAUGUUGAGCAAGCACCUCAAGUAGUUCUUACUGGCACAAAAGUUAAUUUUAGUGGGCAAGCGAAUGGUGCAAUCACCGGAUUUGUGAGCUCAAGGAGUGAACCAAUAAGUUUAUCGACUUUAGAACAAGACUGUUUUAUAAUUCCUGUUCGAUCUUUAGAUAGAUUUCUGCCGGCUGGACUUCCACUUCCAGCUCAAUCACCUGAAUCUAAGGAUCCAACCUAUAAACCUAGUUCAUUAUCAGUUCUAGAAGUAUCUGAUCCAAAAAUAUGCAUUCUAGCUCAUCUGAUGAGUCCUCUUGAACCAAUAGAUCCAAUUUUAGAAUCACCACUGUCACAUCCACUGAUAAAACAACGUGCCGUGGCAUCAGAACUUCUUAACGAAAUUCAACAAGGAAACAAUGCAUCUGGUGGUAUGCUGCUCGCAAAUAUGGAGCGUCAUGCUGAAUUUCCAUUUAUCGCAUAUUAUACAAUAAACACUCAACAAACGGAUCCGCAAAAUUUCUUCUCGGGCGUUCGUGGUGCCUCAUUAUCGAAAUUUGAACCCAAAAACACUCGAUAUUCUGUGGCACAUACUUUAGAUCUUUAUAAGGAAGUUGCCGCAAUUUGUCGACCGCCUUUACAGCUAUUACCGUCUGAGCAAGCGAAUGUGAAAAAGGCCGCAACAACAGGCUAUAUAAUAUCGGUCUAUAAGGUUUUUGAGGGUGAUGAUGGAGAAAGAUUUGAAAGAAACUGGCUUUAUUGGACGGGUGCAAGGAUGCUGUACAGAUAUCUUCCUCGAAAUGCAGGCUUACGUCGCAUAACUUUACAUAAAUCUGUAGCAAAAUCAGGAGACAAGAUGUAUUUGCUGAUCUGUGAGUGUGCUGAUUUAUUGAAGGAUUUGUCGAGUGCUGCAUAUCUCAUACCAGCACUAAGAGCACGACUAUGUGGCUAUACGGGACUAUAUAAACCAAUUAAAAGCUUUUAAUAAUAAACAUUUCGUCCAAUUUUAAUCUAGUAUUUCGAAACACAAGAACAACAUACUUCAUAUGUUUUAAAAUUAAUUAAUCUGCGAUAGGAACUUCAAGUCUAGUCUAGAGAAAACAAAAAAAAAAUUAAAGCUACAUCAGUUUAAUCUGAGAUAUUAAAAGAUUGCUCAAUUUUUAAUUAUGAAAGAGUAAAAUUAGCCAUAAAUUAGUAUGGGAAAUGCUUAAAAGAUUCUUGAACAUAUCAAAGUUUCCUUUUGCUAAUAACUCACUCAACUGCCUACCCGCUUAUUCGAAUUUAGACUCGAUAACUCUAUGAACAACGUUUUUCAAGCAAUAGCUAACUUUGCAAAAGUAUCCAAAAUUAAUCAUUUUUAAAUCAGAUCGAAGCCAUCUGAAGCUUCUUUAAAACAUUAACGACCACUCUAUACAUCACAUGCCAAUUACUCAAAAGUAUAGAGAAUGUUUAUUAUUUGAAGGAUUUUAUUGCGUUUUAUGCUUACGGUGGUUGGUUUUGGAUCAUUUUAUAGGAUUUUAAACCUUUAGAAUUUUACAUAAUAAAGACUAAAAUCUGAUGUCGUGCGAAUCUCACCAAAAAUAAGAUUGGAUUCAGAUCAGUUCUUCUCAAACUUUGAACCAUAAUUAUUUUUAGAAAUGAAAAACUAAAGGAAACAAAUCACUCGAAAAAGUCGUUUCUUUUGAGAAAUGAGCCCACUUUCCAGAAUUUAGAGCAGUGUUGCUCAAUAGUUGUAUUCAGCGAGGAGCGAAAAACGGACGAUUUACUUCUUUGUGGUUUAAAAAAUUAGAGAAAUACUGAUUUGGAAUUUGCUUCAAAGAGACAGAUUUGAGAGAAACUGAUCAAAAUCCAGAUAAACUGCAAGAUUAAUGCAAAGAAAGUCUGCGACUGACUUUAAAUAAAUAAAUGCCGAUUUUUGCUAAUUAUUUCGAUCAACUUAGUGAUUUGAUCGUCUCAUUUUGAAUAAGCAUAAGCUUGGAAUUUAAUCAGAAAGUAAGAAUAGUAAUCGAUUCAUUUAGAGGCCUUGCUUUCCAAAAAAAAUUCUAAUUAAAUUUAUCACAUGUGAAUUAAAUUAAAAUUAAAAAACGAUUUAAGAAACUUAGAGGAAGUAAAUUGUAGAAAUUCCACUCAAAUUUACAUUAAAUUUGCACCUAAGAUC